CUUUUCAAAACGUUCUUUCCAUUUUGACCGCUUAAAUUUGUCAAUGCAUUACUUUGAUCAUAAAUAUUUUUUUUUUUUUUUUGGAAACCUUGAUCAUAAAUAACUUAAUUAGUUGCAAAUUAGUUAAAAAAAAUUGUAUCAUAGUUAAAAUAAAAUAUUCAUUGAAAUGUAUUAAGUAAACACCAAUAUGACUAUAUUAUGUGUUUUUUUUAUAUAUAUUAAGAGCAAUACUAUGUAUACUCUAGGGAUAACAAUGGAUCGGAUUCGGAUAAGGUGGAGCUUCACCCGCAUCCAUCCAUUAUUCCAAAUGCUCCAUUCACAUUCAUCCGUCAUCCGCUUCAACCAUUAUCCAUAUCCGUCUGUCCAUCAUUUGUAAAUGAAACGGGUGGAGUGGAUAACUAAUGGUUGAACAUUUUAAGUGGAAAAAAAAAAUCCAUAUAAAAUCUAAUAUUCAGUUAGUUAUACAAUUUUUUUUUUAUUAAUAAAAAAAAGAAACAACAACAUAUUGUUUCAACAGAAAAAAGUAAAUUCAUACACAAUUAUCAUAUUUAAUUUUUAAUAUUUUUAGAAAAAAAAAUUAAUGUAUGUUAAACGAGUGGAUGGAUGGUUAGCGGGUGAAGAAUAGUAUCAUUCACAUCCGGUCAGAUCCAUCAUUCACUUCAUCCGUCACCUGCUUCUCAUCUAUUUAUUUCGGGUUUUCGUCCAUUAUUUAAAGCGGGUGGAGCGGAUUAGCGGAUAUUCAUUUAACAUUGCCAUCUCUAGUAUACUCCAAUUAUAAAGGUUUUCAUCGCAUAAAUAAUGAUAAGAAAAAAAAGAGAGAGAGAAGAAGAAGAAGUGGGAGUAUUAUUUUAAAUGGGAAGAGAAUAUUGCUAAGCUUCGUAUAUUGGGAAUUUGGAAAGUCUACUCCAUCUAUUGAUUAUAUUCCAUACUUACAGUCUACGAUUAAUACAGAUGGAAAACAACACUCAACAAAAUGAAAUAACAGAGCAAGAUGAAAACAACGGGGUGCUAACUUCAAUGCAUAACAAGCUGGACUCCUUGAAUGUUUCUUUUAACAAGAAUUGGUGCAUUUAUAAAGUUCCUGAAUAUAUCUUAAAGGGGGAUAAGGAAGGGGAAAUCCGCAACUGUUAUCAGCAAGAAAGUAGGCUAUCUAGCGAUGAGUUUGUUGAAAUGAUAGUGCUUGAUGCUGCAUUCCUGAUCUACCAUUGCUUGAUACUCUGGUCUUCCUCGUUUGAUGUACCUUUAGUUGGGAAUAAUUUAAAAGUAAAAAUGGCUAAUGCGAAUUAUGAUUUAAUUCGGUUGGAGAACCAAAUUCCAUAUUUUGUUCUCAAGGGAAUCUUUGAUAUAGCAUUUGGUCACAUCUACCCACCUAUUACUCUUAUUCGUGCUACUCUUGGAUUCAUAAACUGUAUUGGUAUUGAUAUACCUGGAACUAAGGCUAUCAAGAGUACUACUGAAGGUAGUAAAAUAACAGUUGAAUCAAACAUUAAACAUUUAUUAGAUCUCCAAAGGAUGUGUUGUUGCCUUUCUUUGAGCAAACCAUUGCGCAACCAACCAAUUACAAAUCCAACAACCGAUUCAGAUUCAUACAUACACAAGGUGAUGUCUUGGAUCUGUCCGUCAUCAUUAUGUAAUAGGCUGCGUAAGCGUCAUCUCAAGACGAAAGCUGAUUAUAACUGUAAUCGUCAUCUUUGUUACACUGCCAAGCAACUAUUUGACGCAGGAGUGACAUUUGUGGCAGGUGAAACUGACAAUAUACUUGAUGUAACAUUUUCUAAAGGGAAACUCACGAUUUCGAAAUUAAAAAUACAGGAUACCACAGAAUCUCACCUGCGGAACUUGGUUUAUUUUGAACAGUGCCAUUAUUACCGAGAUACUUACUUCAUUGAUUAUAUUGUCUUCCUUGAUCAAUUGAUAGACACCGUGGAAGACGUGCAAGUGUUAGUUAAAAACAAAAUUAUUAGUAAUUAUCUAGGAAGUGAUGAUGAUGUUGUAAAGCUUUUCAACAAUAUUGGCAAAAAUGUGCUGGUAUUAUGCAAGAAUUAUUACUGCGAAGUCAGCGAUGAUCUGAAUCGAUACGCUUCAACCCGUAGGCAUCAAUGGAUGGCUAUUUUGAGGAGCCAAUACUUCAAUCAGCCUUGGACAAUUUUGUCAGUGAUCGCUGCAAUCAUACUUUUUGUGCUUACUCUAUUACAGACUAUUGCAGCUUACAUCUACAAGUAAUCCAACUGCCAAUGCUGAAUGUUUUGAAGCCGAUGUUGCCAUUUCAGCUACUGCAAUGAAAUCAGAGACUUGAAUCAUAUUCACGUUGUUGAGUUUUUUUUUUUUUUUUUUUUUUUUUUUUUUUUUUUUUUUUUUUUUUUUUUUUUUUUUUUUUAUUUGUGUGUAUGUUUCUUUUUUUUUUCAAGGUGCAACCUAGCUACUUUAUGUAAAUUUGAUAUUAGUUCGUAAUUGUAACUUUGUUGUUGGUAAUAAUCCAUUAAUGCAAUGUUAUAUGCCUUCAAUUUCAAGAUUAGUGUCAUAAGAUAUUGUUUAUGUAAUUUUAUUAUACUAACAUGUUUAGACAUAUCAAGUUUGAUCAUUAAUACAUUAUUGGGAUUUUUAUUGCAAUAACAAUCUACUAUUGUU